GCGCAUAUCAACGAUGCGCAGAGGCAGCCCAAGAAGGAUCUGAGCACUAACUCUGGGAUGGGCAUCCUUCAGAUCAUCAGCGAGCCCACGGCGGCGAUCGCGUAUGGCCUGGACAUGAAGAUCGAGAUGGUAAUCCAGGUAUUCAACCCCAGCGAGGACAAGGCCGCCGAGAAGAUACGCGAGGUGAUCACGAACAAAUUCACCGACAUCAAUUUCAAGCCCGACUGCGAGACGUACGUCGAGUGCGUGUGGGACGCGGAGGCGGCCAAGCGCCCGCAGGACCCAAUGACCAAUGACGCUGCCGAGCCCGUCGCGCCGCAGAGACAGAUCGAGGACAAGGCUGUUUGGGGGAUCGCGGAGAAGUUCCCCAACGUCAAGCUCAACCCCGUCUACAAGACGGACAUCGAUAGCGCGUGCGACGCGGCGGUGGCCAAGUGCCCGCAAGAGCUGAAGACGCUGGCGAGUCCGACGUCCAUCGAGAAGCUCAUCUACGAGACCGCUUUGCGGAAUCAGAUCGGGGACAAGGUCGUUGAGGAGAUCCGUCAGGUGUCUGGCGCCAAG